UGUGUUCAGAAAAAUUCUGUUCGAACUCUCUCUCUCUCUUGGCCUUCGCCCCCAACCUAAAAUACUUAUAUCCAAGUGACAUUGGAUAACUGUAAAAUGCCCGCGUAGCCGGAGAAAUGUGAAGAUAUGGCAUAGAAGUGCUGGGAAUCUGCGAGAGCUGAAGCAAUGGAUGUGGAUUAUCAAAAUAGUUAACUGGAGAGUCAGUAAUCUACUCCGCUCUCCUUUCCCAGAAGAAAACCAUGAACACACUGAGGCAGUGAGUGGCUACAUCGAUGUUACUAGUGGCAGUCAAAGCAGUCAAAUGCAGUGGGAACCAAUCUCCUCCUCCACGAUUAUGACAACAAGAUUCAACUCAAAAGGAAGGUUGGAAGGUCACAAUUGUCCAAUGCCACGCAAAGUGCUACAAACAACGCGGAACAAGAGAAGAAGGAAGAUUUCUACAAAUAGUAGUGGACAACAGCCCAAAUGGCGACACCAAAAUCCUCAUAGAUCAUACGAAUGCCUAUCGAACUGGGAGCAGAUAAUACAGGAAGAGAACUCAUCAUGGGUCGAGAGGCUCUCGGUCGGAGAAAUGAAUGAAAGCAGAGAGUUAUUCGCAGACUUCUGAGCUUUCAAUGACUUGGUGAUCGGAGACAGUGUGUACAAACACAAGGAUAUACACAAGGCCAGCAACAUGGAUUCUAUCUGAUGGACACACCACUAGCCAGACAUACUUCAUCUCAAUGCAGCUCAAGGAAGUAGAAACGCAGCCAGUUUACUGGACAAAAAAUCGAGAAGGGGAGGAGACGUGGAAUCAGACCACCAUUCAGUUCAAACAACCUUCAAGGUGAAGCUAAAAUCCCUCAAAACAAA